AUGCUGUUAAUUGUCAAGUCUAAGAUGCAUUUGCGGUAAACCAAAUAAUAACCUUAAAAUUUUGUUUAUGUUUUUCUAAAAAGACAAAUAGAAAUUUAACGCUAGAUACUUUAUACACUAAUAUGGCGUCAAAGGAUGGCAAUGAAAAGACUAAGGGUCCACAAGGUGCUGGAGAUAAUAAGGAGAAGCGUCGAAAAGAGUCUAUUUUAGACUUAAGUAAAUAUUUAGAGAAGAGCAUUAGGGUUAAAUUUGCUGGGGGAAGAGAAGCAGCUGGAAUCUUGAAAGGCUAUGAUCCAUUAUUGAACCUAGUGUUAGACAAUACUACAGAAUACUUAAGAGAUCCUGAUGACCCCUACAAAUUACUUGAUGAUACCAGAGCACUAGGACUUGUGGUGUGUCGUGGUACAUCUGUUGUUUUAAUAUGUCCUAUGGAAGGCAUGGAGGCAAUACCCAAUCCUUUCAUAGCUCAGGAGUAAUGUUUAUUUAUAGUAUUAAGUAAAUUUUUAUUUAAGUUCUCAAAUAAAAGGCAUUUUUCAUACAUUU